AUGCGUGGCUAUGGUCGUGGUGGUUUAAUACUUCGCGCAAAUGGAAUCAAAACAAACGAGGCAAACAUCCCAAAGAGGAUUCCGGAACUAGGGAUAAUCCGGACACGCGCGCCUCAGGCCAGAAGGAGCAGCGCGGACUUUUUGCCUGGAGACGCCAGGACGGAUCGAUCGCAGGAUAAACUGGUCGGCGGCAACCAAAGAAUUGAAGUCCCCAUUGGAACUCUUCCUGUCGCUAACGAUCUCUUAUGUAUCUGCGCCGAGGCCUUGGGACCGCGCCUAAGCUCUCUAACCAUUCGCGGGGCGACUUUCUAUCGAUUUUUCACCGACGCAGCAUCGCUUCGGGAGACGACAAACCUGUUUUUCGCAUCGGCAAAAACCCAGGAGGGAUACGAACGGCGAGACAGUCAAAGGGACUGGACGUCUAAUUUGACUCCAGCGCGUCCGAUUGUUGAGCGAUCCCAUCAAGGCACCAGGUCCGGGGCCGAAAGCCUGCGAGCAACCGGCAAAGUAUACUUAGCUGGUACUGCGGAAUCAAGUCUGCUUCUGUAUCAUCGAGUUUCUCGGGUUGACGCGACAGGAAAGACACGGGGUUUUGGUGUUGGACACGCCUAG